AUUCCAUUGCCGACCAUCACCAACUUCUUCUUCUUCUUCUUCUUCAAAAGUAAAAAAUCAAUUAAAUUCAUAAGGCGAAUUUGAAGCCGUAGAAGAAGAAGAAGAUGGUGGGUUGUCGUCGGCCACAGUUUGUGCUGUUUGGAUCAUCAGUUAUCCAAAUGAGCUUCAAUGUUGGAGGCUGGGGCGCUAUUUUAGCCGACCUCUACGCUCGAAAGGCUGAUGUAUUACUGCGAGGAUACUCGGGUUGGAACACGAGGAUGGCUCUUCAAGCCCUGGACAAGCUUUUCCCCAAGGACGAACCGGUUCAGCCUUCUUUGGUUAUACUCUAUUUUGGUGGCAAUGAUGCAACCAAACCUCACCCCAGUGGGAUAGGUUCUCAUGUUCCUCUUCCUGAAUACAUCGAAAACAUGAAAACCAUGAUAGCUCACAUCAGGGGUCUUUCAGAUGAGACAAGGGUAAUAUGUCUUACCUCUCCGCCCGUCAAUGAAGCAAGAAUCCGUCAAGUUUUCGGAAAUGCUUUAGAUGAUCAAGCGCGGACGAAUGACGGCUGCUGUUUAUAUUCUGAAAAAUUAGUAGAAUUAUGCAAAGAAAUGGAUGUUGAGGCCAUCAAUCUUUGGACUGCUAUUCAAGAAAAAGAUGACUGGGCUGAUACUUGCUUUAUAGAUGGAAUCCAUUUGUCAUCUGAAGGGUCCCAAAUUGUGGUGAAGGAAAUACUGAAGGUGCUCAAAAGAGUAGAUUGGGAGCCAAGCCUCUACUGGUUGAAAAUGCCAUCUGAUUUUCCCGAAGAUUCGCCAUAUUAUGUCGUUGGUCCUGACGGUAAAACUACUGUGAAUGUGAGCAACCAUAUUUGUUCAUGGCAAAGAGGGUGGCUCAACAUUUAGGACAAACGCAGAGUAUAUGGAAAAUUGAAACUCUGGCAAAAUGUUGUCUUGAGCCCACCUGCUAUUUUUUUUUCUUAAUAAUCUGUUUUCCCAUACCUGCUGUAUUUCAACUGCAAUUUAUAACCCAAACAUUCUAUUUCGUUUCGUUUAUGGAGUUGAAGAUGAAUACUUUGCUGUCG